AUGGAUAGAGUUAUAACAUUUCUAGAUAUAUAUAGAAUAUCAUAUAUAAGAAACAAAGUGUUUUGGUUGAUGGAGAAUGAAUUAUAUAAAACUGAAAAGAAGUUAUUUAAUCAUCAAACUCUAAAAUCAAAUACUUUUAUCAAAGGAAAGCAAUUGAUUAAACUAUCAUCAAUUGUAUUGUUUCAGAAAUAUGCACUGCCAUGGGACUUUAUCAAACACUAUAUACCAAAAGAAACAUUGGGAUCAUUGGACUUGAAAUGUCGAUCAAAAAUGAUUAAUGGUUAUAUUUGUCAUCCCAAUGCAACAUUGGAGACACUCAUUCAUCUAUUGGAUUGGUCACCAGACUUUAUUUAUGAUGGUUCAACAACUGAAAUCAUGUUGGGUAAUGGGAAUUACGAGAUGACAUUAUACUUGGCUCAAAGAUUGACACAACAACAAUUGAAUAUCGACGUUUACUCUUUAGAGAGUGUUUGUAAGUCUGGUAGUAAUCAAUCAAUUGAAUUGGCUAGAUGGUUGAUCGAGACCUACCCCAAAUUUGAAUGGCAAGGUGAAUUAAUCGAUAGUGCGUGUAUUGGAGGCAACUUGGAGCUUGUUAAAUGGUUGGACAAUAACAAAAGUAUUAACGUUACUAGUACAAUUCGAGCUAUUGAUUCGGCUGCUCGUUUCGGUUAUUUAGACAUUAUAAAGUAUCUUUAUACCAACGGGACUAAAAAAUGUUCUGAUCAAGCAAUUAUUCAAGCUACUAUUAAUGGUCAUCUUGAUAUUGUAAAGUUUAUAACUGAAAAUUGUGGUCAAAACAAAAUUACAAAUCACGCAUUUAUAGCUGCAAUAUUAAAUGAUCGAUUAGAUAUUUUACAAUACCUACAAGAUAAUGCACCUUCUGGUAUUGCUUAUACAGUUGAUGCAAUGCGUACAGCUACGGGUAGGGGCAACUUUGAAAUGAUUAAAUGGCUGCAUAAAAAUAGAACUGAACGUUUCCCAAAACAUUCUAUCCAAAAUGCAGCUGAAAAUGGUCAUUUUGAAAUUGUACAAUUUUUGGUUGAGGAUGGAAUAGAAUGGUCAGGUCAAGCAAUAAUAGAAGCUGCAAGUAAUUCACAUUUUAAUAUUGUCGAGUAUCUAUUCCAAAAAAGAAAAGAAGGAUUUAAAUCAAUCGUUGUUCCAAUUGAUAGUAUUGCAAAAAAUGGACGGUUGGAUAUAAUUCAUUAUCUUGAAGAGAAUCAAGUGGAACUUUCGACGACCAAUAGUCUGUAUUUGGCUGCUUCAGCAGGUCAUAUAGAGGUAGCUAAACAUUUGAUGGAGAAGAAGUAUGACACUUAUUUUACACACUUGUUGGCUGCCGCCGCUCACAACGGUCAUUUGGAUAUGGUUAAAUAUCUACAUGACCAUAUUGAAAGGUUGGAUUAUCCAUACGCCCCUCUCAACUCGGGCUCGGCACAGGGUCAUAUCGAGGUGGUCAAGUUCCUUCAUUCGGCAGGCUACAAAGGUACAAAAUUUGCAAUGGAAGAUGCCGCAAAAAACGGGCACUUGGAGGUGGUACGCUUUCUAAAUGAGCAUACAACCGAAGGAAUGGUGAUCGAUGCAAUGAGAAAAGCAGCAAAAGAAGGACAUCUCUCGGUGGCACAAUAUCUGUUUCAGUACACUACAGAAAGUGAUAAUGCCUGUGAUGAGACUACUUUAAAAGAAACAUUAGAAAAUGGGUAUUUAUCAACUGCCCAUUUUCUCUUUAAUAAUAACAACAAUCGUGUUUAUCCACAUGAUUCCAAAGUUGAAUGUCAAAUAAAUAGAAUAAUAGAUAGGUUAUAA